AUGGGUACACCUCUUUCCAAUGGAGCUUUUUUAGUCGGUGGCGUGCUUAGUGGUUUUGGUCUUCUUUACACUCUUUAUUCAGUUGGCCGUCCGUCCGGUACUGGUUCAAGUCACCAACAAGCGAAUGCUAAUUCCCAAAGAGGAUCGUCGAACUCACAGCAGGGUGUUGAGAAUCCUUUCGACACUGAUGCUCCGGAAGCGCAAAACUUGCUUCAUUUACUAAACUCCAUUGCCGAUGAUCAGGCACGAAAAGAAGGCUAUGUACACAGGGGAAUAACUUGUAGCCAUUGUCGAGCUUCACCAAUUAGAGGUAUUCGCUAUAAAUGUGCGAACUGUGCCGAUUAUGACCUUUGCGAGAGCUGCGAGGCUCAUCAGGUACAUUUAAGGACACAUACGUUCUUGAAAAUUAAAAUUCCAAUUGCACCUCUGGCAAACCCUCGAUCGGCUUUGUUGAACGUGUUCUAUCCAGGUCGUCCACUCGAUCUGCCCGCGUUGAGUCGCGAUAAAUUGCGCGAGCUACAGAGGAAGACUCACUUCGACCAGGUGGAACUGGAGGCACUUUACGAACAAUUUAGGUCGAUUGCAACAGUUCCCAAGGAUGGCGGCGGGAUUGACAGGAAGACUUUUGACCAAUGUCUUGGACCUUUGGGUCUUGAGAAAAAUCUUAUUACUGAUAGGAUUUUUAAGUUUUUUGAUCAAGACGGAAAUGGCAUUAUUAACUUUAGUGAAUUAGUAUGCGGUCUGUCCAUUCUAUGCAAAGGAAAUCUCGAAGAGAAAAUGAAAUGCGCGUUCAAAGGCUAUGAUCUUGAUGAUGAUGGCAAGAUUUCGAAGCAAGAGCUUCAGAAAAUUUUCAAGGCAUAUUUCCAUCUAUCGACCGAGCUUGUGCGUGAUGUUGUUAAGGCUAUGGAAGAAGAAUUAAUGGAAUCGUACGAAUCUUCUCCUGCACAACCUGUGGCUGCUGCUUUCAAUGCUGCCGUACCACCUGAUAGCAAUGCACAUUAUACCGCAGUAAAGACUGCCAAUCUGGAGGAUUUGCCAACGAUCGAAUGGGAGCCAAGAGUGCCUGUCAAUGAAUGUUUAAGUCCAGAAGCCAUCGAAGAACUUGUUGAGAAGGUGUUUCAAAGCGUAAACACGAAAGGCGAUAACUAUAUUGAUUGGGAAGAAUUCAGAGAUUAUGUACAGACGGAUACAUCAAUUGUGGCAUGGUUCGAAGCGUUGGGCAGUGUAUUUUGA